AUGACCAGCAGCUUCAUCGACACAAUCUUGAACAGCCAGAAGGUGCAGGGCAGCGGCAUUCCGCCAGAGCUGCAACGCCAGCGGGAUGAGGAGCGGCGAAAACGCCAAAUGCAAAUUCGCUCCGAGCCCCAGCUCCUCGAUGAGAGCGAGCUGCUGUUCGACACGCAUGGCUCCAACCUCGGGCCGGGCUCGCAGCUUUUCCUCUCGAGUGACAUUCCGUCGCUUGAAAUGUUGAAUGCCGCGUAUGCCAGCACUCCCCGACGAAGCUCGCGGCUGUCCCAAUCCGGCUCGCGCGAAAUGUUCAGUCCAUUAUCCCCCGGAACACUAUUAAUGUCACCGGUUGCAUCCCUACCACCACCUCCCCCAUUCAGUUUGCCACCACCAGCCGCUCCCGCCCCGGCGCGUCCGCUUGCUCCGCCAAUACCCGCCUCGCUUCCUCGGCUCGCCAUUCCGUCCUCCAACAUCUCUGUAGCGCCGCUUCCUGCGCUACCUCCACUUCCGGGCAUGUCCGCGGAUGAGAUCUUGAAGGUUGUGGCACAUGCGCCGCUCUCAGCAUCCAGCAUCGUCACACCGCUUGCCGACCCGUUUGGUGGACACCUGGCCACGCCCCCGUCACGCCAAGCCGCCAGCCGGCGCCCUUCCUCACUCAAUCCCAAGCGAGACGCUUCGCUGACAACACCAGCAGCAGCCGCAGCAGCAGCAACAGCGGCGGCGGCACAGCAACAGCAGCAAGCACUUGCCUCUGCAACCAAUGCCAGCAAACCCGUAGCAACGCCGCCAGCCGCGAGCGGAAGCGCCGCCACCAAUCGCAACAAGAAGCAACCCGCUUCUGCCGCUGCCGCCAUACCUGACGCGAAUCACCCCAAGUCGAAUGGCCGAAAACCAAUUGCACGGCAAGACAGCACUGCGGAGUUGGCCGAAUUUAGCAGCAUGCUGGAGCAGGCAAUGGUCGAGUCCCAGCAUGCCGCGUCGUCGUCUUCCGCGCCCCUCUCGGCGGCGGCCGUCGCCAGCAGACCGAAUGCAUCUUCGGUUGCCCCCAGCCCUGCGGUCAAUGUCGGUGUGCCCACCAGCAUUGUCGAUGGAAUUAUCGCCGCCUCACCCUCUGCCUCUGCCGCCCAGAAAAAGAAGAAGGCGAGCUCGAGCAGUAGCAGCAGUAGUAGCAGCAGCAGCAGCAGUAGCAGUAGUAGCAGCGGCAGCUCGAGCAGCAGUAGCAGUAAUAGCAGUAGCAGCAGUAGCAGCAGCAGUGAUAGCAGCGGUAGCUCGUCGUCUUCUGAUUCUGACGAAGCCGAAACUGAGAGUGCUCGAAAGAAGGUUGCGUUCUCGGAUGCUGUCCUCGUGUCUCCUGUCGCUGCUGCUGCUGCUGCUGCGGCUGUCAAGGCUACCCCUCCCCCAGAGUCUUCUUCUCAACCGUUGCUCGCAGAUCUUCCGACCUUUGCCACCAGUGCUGUCGAGCAGCAAGAAGAGUCGACCACCCCGCGCAGCACACGACGCCGGACCAGCGCUCUGCUCCAGCGACCUUCGGAUGCAAGCCCCGCCGUCCCCAGCGUUACUCCUGCUGUUGUAGCUGCUGCCCCUCUUUCGCAAGUGCAAGUGCCUGCUGCUGCUGUUGCUGCGCCUGUCUCGCAAGUGCCGUCGGCUCCAGCACCUGCCAGCAACAGCUCGUCGACAGCUCUGGCGGCAAUCCAACCCGAGGCUCGCAUUGCGCCUGCUGUGGUGGCACCCGCCGUGGUCAAGAUCCCUCUCAGUCUGUUGAACGUGCACUACAAGGUCGUGCAAGUGAACGGCAAGGCUGCACUCAAAGCCGUUGAUCAUGGCAUCAAGACCACAACAGCUGCGGCUGUCAAGCCAGCGUCCUCGUCCUCGUCCUCGUCCUCGUCCGCCGGUGCUCCUCUUGAGGCUACCCCGUCUCCUCCUGUCGCCAAGACGGAAAAGCGCAAAACGGCGGACGAGGACAACAAGCCUCCAAAGAAGCGGGAGAAGAUCGAAGAAGAAGCACCUCACAAGCGCAAGGACCAAAAGGACGACAAGAAAUCAAAGGCCCUCAAGCGCAGUGCCGAGAGCGAUGUCGACACUGACCAAGAACGCGAGCGAGAACGCCGAGACCGUCGCGCGCGUCUUCGGGUGCCGCUGCUGGAUUCUCUGGGCGCUGUUAUCGGCAAUGGCGCGGUUCCUGCUAAAGAGCGCCUCAAGGAAUCCGACACACCCCUCGAGCCCGUCAAAUUCUACUCUGAGACCGACAAGUAUCUCACGCUCCUGUUGGGCAAGUUCAAUACCCCUAAUCCCAGCAUUCAAGAAAAGGCGUUGCAUUCCCUCCUAUUGAAAUGCCGGUCGUACAUGAUGUCUCGCAUGCUGACAAUCAGGCUCGAUACGAUUCGUCGCGCUGUCUUUUUUGUGCAACACGACCGGCAUCAGCAGAUCAAACAGCAGACUGCGAGUGCAACAGCAACCGCUGGAACUCGUGCUGGUGCUCGUACCGGUACUGGCGCUGCUGCCCCUGCCACCGCCAGCACUACGGAAGGUGAAGCCGCCGCUAUCAGUGCCUCUCCCGACGGCAAACCACCCAAGAGCGAUGCGACCAUUCAGGCAUCCUUGAUUGAGCAUGUGGACACACUGUUGGGCGCGCUGUUGCCCUCGGUCAAUUGUUAUGAAGUUUGGCGAGAGUCCGAGUCCAUCUAUCCGAUGACGUGCUUUAGCAAGACUCUCCGUACGCUUGGCGUUGUUUCCAUGUACACGGAUCCGCUCAGCUUCGUUACGUUCAUCAAAGCGGCAAUCGACGAGGCUGCUGCUCAGUCUUGA